AUGGCGGCCAUCAAGCUCCCUAUCGCCAUGAUCGCCCAACUUCUUCUGCCAACUCGCGGAUGGGAGGUUGUGGCCAACAAGGCGGCGCCCGACGUGCAGCUGAUCCAGACUCACGUCUUGGACCACGGUUCCCACGUGCCAGCGCGCGGAUCGUCUGGUUGUGUUGACAACGAUGCAGGUGCAGUCCAACUUGCAAAAGAUCAUGUACGCGUGGACGACGUCAGUGGUUGUUCGGAUGUCGGGCCGUACUGUGCGGACACGAACCUGUCGAGCCAAGUUCAGGCAGUGUGCUGCGCCACCUGCAGCCAGGGGCCCGAACCAGAGCUGGACGUGGUGCAUUGCCAGGAACACUCUGAUUGCCAGGAUUCGGAAUUCUGCUACGAUGGUACGUGCGACAGCUGCAGCCAGUGCCAAUUCUGCUCCGAUGCUGCCUACGUCGACGAGUGUGGGCACUGCGGGCCUGGGUUCCCCUUACACGAGACAACUCCCUGCCACUCCCAUGAAUACGUGGUCACCAAUGGGGAGCUUACGGUCACACACGCGUGGAAAAAUCUUUCUUCAGAUGAGCAGCUGCUAUUCCUGGAGAAAAUGUUUGGCGAGCUCGACAAGGACAAGUCUUCGACCCUGGACGUGGACGAGCUUGUGGGAACCCUGACUGGACAGGACCUCGUCGCGAUCGAAGCUGCCAACGGCACGCUCAACGCCCCCUUCGACAGCGUCUUGCUUCCCAGGGCUUCGGUAGAAGAGUUUGUGGAUAAGCACAGCGCCCACGGGAAUGCGUUCCUGACCCUCGACGAGUGGCUCGCCACGACUCCUCAGCCCGCACAACGAGCUGCAUCGCAGAAGGCGUUGCGCGGGCCCUCGUGCACCUUCGAGAGUAUCUUCUCACUUCCCAGCACGUGCUCGGAAACACAAUGGGUGAACAAUUGCGGCAACGCUUGCAGUAACAGUUGCACCAGCUGCCCGAGGUUGGCGCACACGAAUUCGAGCUCUGUGGCACGCGUUUCCAGAGAUUCGAGCUCCGUCGCGCGAACGUCCCAGGAGCUUGAGUUCUGGGGCGGACGGCGUCGGCGUCGUUGGUGGAGCGUCGUCACGGAUGUGGUAGACACGGUCGUAAACGUGGUUGUCUGCACUGUGAGUUGCGUCACCAACUGCGUGUGGUCGUGCUUCACCGAGGCAGUGGAGUACGUGUACACGUGCGUGGUCGACACUGUAGUAAAUGUGCUCAUGAGCUUCGGAGAGUGCCUCUCGGCCGUGGUGAACGCCGUCAACGAUGCGGUUGGUAACAUGUGCGGCUUCGAUCUCAUCCCCACAAGCUGUUCUGGCGUCUGGGAUUGCAUUUCGGAGGGGGCGAGCAACGCUCUCUCAUUCUUCGAGUGUGGAUUCUCGAUACUUUUGGAUGUGCUCGAGAACAUGGUCAUGGCAAAUCUUCGCUGCCUGCCGAACAUCGCCGACGGCAUCAGGGCGGCCCUGUUUCCUCCCGAAGCGAUCAUUGCAACUACGGUCUUCGAGGCGUUGUGGGAUUUCGGCGAGAGGGUCGUGAACGGGAUCUACUCAGAAGCUGCGGCCGUGAGCAUCGACUUCUGUUGGAACUCAGCCCCCACCGCCGAAUUCACUGACUGUGGUGCCUUCGAUUUCGUCAGCAGUAUGACUAUUUGGGACGUGCUUGACGUUUUCGGGAUGGCCCAGCGUUUCGCGGAUACCGUGGCGAAGUUCACGAAUUGCCUUACGAAGUCAACAAGCCUCCCGGGGCUCAGUUUCGGCAUCCCCACUCCCUACUUGAACGUUGACUGGACAGGAGGCUCGUGGUGUGCGCCAAGUUUUGUCCAAACUGCGGCCAAAGGAGUCAUUGGCGUGUUCAGGUACAUAUCUUCAGGACGGAUGCUCGAUGACCUCAUCAUUGUAGGUGACAACCUCCUCACCAAUCUUCAAACGAGGUUGGAAGCAGUGUUCUGUGACGAAGGCGACUUCACCAUCACAUUGGGCGUCGACCUCCAGUUCGGAUACGUAGUGCUUGGAAUCAAGGCCCAGGCUGGAUGCCUCAAUGGCAGAUUCGCGGCCAAGAUUGUCGGUUUUGUUACGGGCAGAAUUUCCAUCUUCGGUUCGCCGUACAAGUGGGAGCCGAGCGCCUCUGCGUUCUUCAGUAUCGGUUGCACGGCGGGCCCCUCCAGCACGGAGUGGUCGUACUGGGAGUCGUCUCUGAGCGGCAGCCUGGCGUUCGAUAUUUUCUCGGGGUCGGUCUCUCUGCCCCUCUAUCCACAGCCGAAGCUCGAGUUUGGCUACCAGUUCUCGCUCAAACUCUGGCCCCAACCAGCCCCUCCACCUCGUCUGUCGGAGGGGGAGUUCAACAAGACGUCGCUGCUGCCGGCGCUGCGCCUCCUCUCUGGGGCUACGUCCGACCCCAGCUUCGGCGAAAACGUCAAGAGCAAGUUUCCAGACCCCAAGCCGAUCCUCGAGGGGGCCCGCAACGGCUCGCUCGAGAGGUCCAGCAUGAACAGGAGUGCCGGUGACCUCGCCGGCAGGAUCGCCAUCUCCGUCACGAAGAAUUUUUGCUUCACCUGUGACGAUUUCGGAUCGGAGCCUGCCUGGGUCACAGGUCUUUCCAACAUGGCUCAGAAGUUCGCCUGCUCUGUGGGCCAGGCGAUGGCGGGAGCAUCCUGGGGUGCACUGAGCCUCGCCCAGUGCUUCGCCCAGGUGGCGCAGUGGGAGGCGGCCGGGAACUACUGCGAGUACUUGUACUCCGACUCGCCGAACGAUGGCUCCGGCAGCCCGGGGACCACUUGCGCCUGUAUGCCGCCGAAUGCGAUGUCUUCCGGGGCUUGCCACGCAGCGGUUGGAACCAGGGCCAGCGAGGGGUCUGCGCAGUUCGUGACCUACCGGCAUCAGAGGUUGACCUGCGAGACUGGGAGCGGAGCGGCCUGCAAGACUUGUGUAACGCCGCAGGACCGAGUGGUGAGAGACCAGUGUGAGACCUGCAACGACGGGCACAUGUUGCUCGGCUAUGUGUGCUCGGCCUACACUCCGUCGCCGACGCCACAUCCGACGCAGUAUCCGACGCCAAGCCCGACCCCAUAUCCAACGCCAUAUCCGACGCCGAGCCCGACGCCAAGCCCGACGCCAAGCCCGACGCCAUUGCCACCCGGCGCCACGCAUUCUCCGACGCCAAGCCCGACGCCAAGCCCGACGUCGUUUCCGACGCAGUAUCCGACGAGAAACCCGACCUCGUAUCCGACGCCAAGCCCGACGCCGUAUCCGACGCCAGACCCGACACCCCAUCCGACGCCAGCUUUGGCGGGGGAUUCAUGGGUACAACUGUUGGACAAUUUUGAAUACUACGGCGUCGCUAUGCCCUCAUAUGUUACACCUAUGGCCUAUGGUUCGUUCACACAGCUGCGAGCAACUUACGUAGGCGGACCCGGCAUCUGGUGCGAUACGAGAAGGUCGGGAGGCACCGUGUGGCAACAGUGCUGCUGUGGGUAUAGCGGGUCCUUCGAAUUCAUGAAGAAUGGAGGGUACAUCUUGUCGCAAAGCCAGUGGGGUACGUUGCCGCCCCAGUGCUCAGUGUCUGGGUACACAGUCACUUGCAACGUUAAUUUUGCUCUGUCGAGUGGCGAUACGAUCCUCGCUACUUGGAUGGAGCCUUCCCGGGGGGUGUCGCUUGCUGACAAUGGCGGCAGCAUCGUGGUGGACGUGUACGGAUAUGGAACGGUAUCGCAAGGUUGGUCUAAAAUAUACCAGAUCCAGGAUGGCGAUAGGGGGUCCUAUUCUUUCCCCUUGACAACCGGCGCUUAUGGUAGCAUUUCCUCGGCGAUCGGUUCAAGUCAUGCAAAGUUGUCAGAUUCUGAGAUCAACUCCAUGGCGGUGGCGAGGGACGGCUACUCGCACGUUUAUCAAAUCAAGAGUUCGGAUUGCUCUUCGUACCUGUACAUCAAGUCGAACGACGCUUACGUUGACACAUCGGCAUCAUUCGGCCUUACCAAGGGCAAUACUUUGGUUGGGCUUGGGACCUCAUAUGGGGCGGUGUCGACAUGGGCCACUUUGCCUUCCACCAGCCACGGCAUAGACUUACUCUACACCAGCCCCAAUCUCGGUGGGGAGUCGUGCUGCCGUUAUUUCUUCGGGCAUGGGUCGGUCGAUUGUUGGGCCGGCCCCUCGGGUUACCGCUGCGUCAACGGUGGGUCCGCUUGCUCCAGCUAUAAGAAGCUGGAAGAUGUCGCGUUCUACAUCUGGGCGGGCGGAGCGACGUACAGUCCCACGUCCUACCCGACCCCUCGCCCAACGCCCUUCCCGACGGCCCACCCGACGCCAGACCCGACGCCCCUCCCGACCCCAGUUCCCACGCCCUACCCGACGAAGCAUCCAACGCCAAACCCCACGCACAGCCCGACUCCAAGCCCGACGCUGUACCCGACGCCGUUUCCGACGCCAAGCCCGACGGCGAGCCCGACUCCAAGCCCGACGCCGAGCCCGACGGCGACGCCGACGGCGAGCCCGACGGCAACCCCGACUGCAUAUCCAACGCCAAGUCCGACGCCAAGCCCGACGCCAAUCCCGACGCGGAUCCCCACGUCUGCGCCCACCUACCCCCCGCUUGGGGACCUGGCAUCCUCGGGCACUUGCAGCUGCUCCAGCCCCCCCUGCGGCUGCAACUGCUGGGAUUGCACACACGAGCGUAAAGCUACUGGAUGCUGCAGCUGCGGGGAUGCUUCGAGUUGCGGUUAUGCAGACGUGGUUUCUUCCGUGUGCGACGGCUGCAAUGGUUGUUGGCGCAAUGGCAAGUGUGGUUGCAGCACAGACUCGGCUACCUGGCCCUACUAUGAGGCAUUCGGUCUCACGUGCUCGAGUGAUAGAGGCAGCUACCUGUCCUACCACUACGUGUCACCGACGCCGGCUCCAACGCCAAGCCCGACGCCAAGCCCGACACCAUUGCCACCUGGCGUCACGCUGUCUCCGACCCCGAGCCCGACGCCAAGUCCGACGCCAACCCGACGCCAAUCCCGACGCGGAUCCCCACGUCUGCGCCCACCUACCCCCCGCUUGGGGACCUGGCAUCCUCGGGCACUUGCAGCUGCUCCAGCCCCCCCUGCGGCUGCAACUGCUGGGAUUGCACACAAGAGCGUAAAGCUGCUGGAUGCUGCAGCUGCGGGGAUGCUUCGAGUUGCGGUUAUGCAGACGUGGUUUCUUCCGUGUGCGACGGCUGCAAUGGUUGUUGGCGCAAUGGAAAGUGUGGUUGCAGCACAGACUCGGCUACCUGGCCCUACUAUGAGGCAUUCGGUCUCACGUGCUCGAGUGAUAGAGGCAGCUACCUGUCCUACCACUACGUGUCACCGACGCCGGCUCCAACGCCAAGCCCGACGCCAAGCCCGACACCAUUGCCACCUGGCGUCACGCUGUCUCCGACCCCGAGCCCGACGCCAAGUCCGACGCCAACCCGACGCCAAUCCCGACGCGGAUCCCCACGUCUGCGCCCACCUACCCCCCGCUUGGGGACCUGGCAUCCUCGGGCACUUGCAGCUGCUCCAGCCCCCCCUGCGGCUGCAACUGCUGGGAUUGCACACAAGAGCGUAA